AUGAAGCUCCUCGCGAUCUUCCUCCUUGCCCUCAUGGGCCUCGUCAAGAUCGCCUUCAGCGUCGCUAUCACUGGCCUCUCCGACGAUCUCACCGGAUCUGCAGUCGCCGGAGACUGCCACAACGGCGACGAGAAGUGCACCAUCCUCCCAAUCAUCCUCCUCGGCCGCCACUCAGUCAAGCGAUGCAUCAACCACAACUGGGUCGACGUCGAGAUCUGCAACGUCGGGGUCAUCUGUAUUUCUGACCCUUCACCUCACUGUGCCCUUGCGACCAUCAACGGUGAGAUCGCUGACAAGGACGAGACACCUGUUGUCGCCACCAGCGGGAUAUCAUCUAGACAACAGGUCUGUCUUGAAGGCACUCAGCAGUGCGCAUACCUCGAUCCGAUCAAGCGGCACAUUAUCCAACGCUGCUAUGGCCGCAAGUGGGUGAAUACCAAGGUCUGUGAAGCGACUGAGACCUGUAUCGGCGGAGCUGCGCCCCAAUGUGUCGCUCAGACUGUUUUGUCUCGCGACGAGACCGACGAGGAAGACACCAACGAAGAAGACAACGACGAAGACGACAUCGACGCCGACCUCGCCAACAAAACCGACCUCCCCUGCACCAAAUGUAAGAGGAUGCGCGAUGAUUGCUUUAGAUGCCGCAGAACCAUCGCUGCAGAACAGGCUACUGCCGCCACGAAUGCCUCAACAGGAUGA